AUGACGCAACUCGAGGAGGACGACCUUUUGAACAAUUUGCUCAAAAUUCCUGGUACCAUUAUUAUCUACAACAAUGAUAUGAGCUCCUACGAUUACAUACUAAACGCUCACAAUGUGGCGCUACCGCUUACACCGGCAACUUCAACGGCCGGUUCCGCCACAUCGGAACAGUCGGUGGACGACCUUAACAGCAGCACAUCGAUCGAUGCGGACGUGGCAUGUUCGCCGAGCCCUACAAACCAACACUACCCAGUCGGAGUUUCGCAACUGGCAAUCAGUUCUCCCGGCUCCCACUUCGCACUGGAUACGCCUGGUAAUUCCGAGCUGGAUCACAGCUUCAGCAGUGUGGAAACAUCCGGACCCGCAAUAUCCGAAUGUACGGAAGAUCCUAACGCGUCAGGUCUGGUUGGCGAAACCGAAACGGAUGAGCUCGAGUACGAAGAGAUGGAAACUGGUCCUGCCGAAGCGCGGGAUGAAGACGAUGACGAUUCCGAACCGGAGCUAACGAAUUUGUCCUGGUUGACGGAGUUGAAGAACAUUACCAACCUGACACCCUCGGACGCUCCACUGACGGAUUUGCCAACAGCACGGUUCAAUAAAUUUAUCGCACAAGUACGAAGGAGCCGUGAGACAUACGACAAGCGCAAAGAGCAGUACACGUCACUGGCGAGCUCGCUGGAAAAACCACCCUUCAACUAUGCACAAAUCAUCGCCAUGGCCAUGCUGGAGGAGGGCCGCAUGACGCUCAAACAGAUAUGCAAAUGGAUUCAGGAAAAGUUUUCCUACUACAAAGUGCACAAAAACUGGAAUAACUCGAUCAGGCACAAUUUGUCGUUGAGUUUUUUCUUUACCAAAGUACAACGGGCCAAAGAUGAGAAGGGAAAAGGAGGCUACUGGGAGCUGUCCAUGGAUGUGUCAAAAAGCGAACGCCGUCGGGUACGCGUACGGCAACGGAACAAAUCAACCAACAAUGGCACACAAACCAACCGCCGAUCCUCGUCGGCUCGGUUCGAGUCAAAGGGACCCUCGUAUAGCACUGUCGAACAUGCUGGCAAUAUCAACAACAACAACGAACAAACUGUUAACAACAAUCUUCCUAAGUAUCCGUUGGCCUCAUCCUGUGAGGUCACACCAGAAACGAUCGAAACAACGUCGUUACUACCAACGAUUGAACCCGUUGUUGAUGGUAGUAUGCAAGGACCACAACGCGUAGAACAGUUGAUCGCACUAGACAGCAAUAAUAACAAUUGUCCGCAGCCGCAAGCAUCCGUAACUGCUCCUCUUCAGGUGCAGAACGUGAUGAUCGAUAUUAUUGACAACUACAGCAAAUCUUCGCUGGAUACCGUGCUUCAACCGAUACCGAUUGGACAAGCAGAGCUGCCUACCUUGCAACCGGUUGCGGAGGUACCAGUAAACGAGGAACAGCUAAUGCAAGCCAGCGCAAUGGUGGAAAACUGCACGAUCAACUUCGAUUCCAUCAUUAACGGCGAAAAUGGUGCCAGUCUUUUCAACAAUCUCAACGUGGACGAGAUCUUUUCCGAUAAUGAAAUUCCGCAGCCGGCGAACGACGAUAUCAUUGUGCCAUUCUUCAGCAACGUGCAGCAGGUUCAGGCCGGUCCAAACGUGGUCGUCGAAACCAUCCCGUACUAUCUACCGGACAUGGGGAACUUUGACGAGAGUGAUUUCGGUAACCUGAUAAACAUCAACGAGCAGGAGAUUAGUGACGAGUUUCUGAACGAGCAUGGAUUUCUGUAG